AUGUGCGCGCACUUGGCUCUGCCUCCCUACCAGGCUUACCCCAGCGGGACCGGCAUGGGGUACCUGGAGUUUUACUGGAACUCGGCGGGGGAGGCAGGGCAUGCUCACACAUCGGCUGGGCCAGCGGGAGCAGCCAGUGCCAAGCAGUCUCCGGAGGCAGGAGGGAAGAGGCACACAGUAGAAAUAUCCCCGGCUUCAUCCAGUUCUGGGAAUUUCAGCCAACUCACACCAGAUUCAGCCACCAGUCCACAUUCGUCAUCCUUGUCCCCACAGCCUACAGCUAAGUCUCAGAAAGGCAGAGAAUGUGGCAUGGAGGGGAUAAGGAAGACCAAGAGCCGUACAGCUUUCUCCAAGGAGCAGCUGCAAACCCUGCACCAGCGGUUCCAGAGCCAGAAGUACCUCAGCCCCCAGCAGAUCCGGGAGCUGGCUGUCGCUCUGGGGCUCACCUACAAGCAGGUGAAAACUUGGUUCCAGAACCGGAGAAUGAAGCUGAAACGGUGCCAGAAGCAUAGCCUGUGGACUGAACGGGCUCAGUGCCUCACACAAAGUGGCUUCCAGACCAGUACUUACCUGGAUGUGCACCCCAAAUUCCACCAGGGCUAUCCAAUCACUGCAGCUGGCAACAUGCAAACCAUGCCUGCCCCCUGUCAGCACUAUGGGGCAGGGCAGAAUGCUUACACAGUUGUGACCAGCGAGGAUGGAGGCGUCUUUGGCAAAGGCGGGGGUACCUGCAGUAUCCAGCAGACAGUGGGCUUCAUUGCCCAGCACAAAGUAGACUUUUACCACAGCUGUCCUGGCAGUGUGGAAUAUCCAGGCUCAAAGACAGGUGAUGGCUGUAAUUUUCACCACUCAGCCACUAUGGGGGCUCCUUUCCCAACCACUGCUGGCCACCAUCUCUAUCAUUCCUAAGCACUGUGGAUGUGGGUUACUUGGGCAGCCAGGAAUUGAAUCUUAUCUCUCCCUUUGUAAUUCGUGUGCUCUCCAACUCAACAGCACCCUGUAGCUAGAACCUGUUUUGACAUCUGAAUAUGUGCCUCCAAGCAUGUACAGACACACAGACACGAAGAUACCUGUUUGCCCAUAUAUACACAUACAGCCCUUCAUUCGUAGGCCCUUACACUUGCACACACACACUCCCUUCUUGAUUGGCACAGAUAACCAAGUUCUCUUAUAGC